CUUUCAUCACAGUCGCAAGAGAUAUGUACCUUUCUGGGGCACUAUCCUUGCGAUAUGAACCACCUGGUCGCGCACGAUAUGGGCACUCUUCGGGUCAUGAACCACGUCCGGCCGGCAGUGAUGACGCUCGGCCAUGACUCCUCUCGACCACCAGCACUGGCCGUUGGUCCAUCCAGAGACGCGCCGUAUCCGAAACGGCUUGGUCGGCCCUCUUCAUCAGUCUUCCUAUCUGUGGCCUCACCAACGAGCCUGCCGUAUCAACACCACCAAAAUCUGCAGCAUUUGCAAACCCUCCAAGUCCACCAAGUGCAGCAGCGGCAACAGUGCCUCCAGAAUCAGAUGCGACAGCAGCAGCAGCAGCAGCAGCAGCAGCAGCAGCAGCAGCAGCAGCAGCAGCAGCAGCAGCAACUUCACCAUAUCCAACAGAUCCAGCAGCCGCAACUGGCCCCGCAAGCCAUGCAACAGGCACAGCAGCGACUGCCAACACAAAUGCAGCCGCAUCCCUCGUUCGUGGUUCAUCCGAGUCUCGGCUUGCUCACACCAUCGUUCCCGCGGGGAAUCGACUUGGGUCCGACGCUCUGUCGCCCCCUCGGACCUAUGCCAAUGCCAAUGCCGAUACCGAUGCCGAUGCCGAUGCCGAUGCCGAUGCCGAUGUCGAUACCGAUGCCAAUGCCAGUAUCAGCGUCAGCGACGGUACCUGUGCCAGUGCCGAUGCCGGCGUUGCCGCAUUCCACACCCACCUCAUCGUUGACAGGAGCACUAGGCCCGGGGGACUCAUCCGGUCUAUCCUGCUUCACCAUCGGCAGCGUCACGGGCUGCACGGCCGCCAUGAGCUCUGGAUCUGGAUCUGGAUCUGGGUCGGAGUCUAUCUCUGAAGCACAUAGCGGCAGUCAGUCUGGUUCGCAGCAAGACUCGGCCUAUGGCGGCAGUGCGGGACCGGGACCGGACUCGCCAAGGGACGGCGAGACAGCGAGGAAAAGGGUCAAGAAAGCACUCAAAUCCGAAGGCGUCCCUUACGCCUGCAACUUCAGCCAGUGCACAAAGACCUACACGACUAUUGGAGGGCUCAGAUAUCACCUCAAGACUGUCCACCAGCUCUCGUCUCUGCGACAACGCAAGAAUGGGUCGCGCGAGGAGCUCUACGCCCCCUCCGAGGAGGACCUGAGCGGCAAGACUGUUUUCGUCCGCCCGGUCUUCAGCUGCGAUAUCUGCCACAAGCACUACACCAGCUCCAGCGGCUUGCGAUACCAUAAGCUUCACUCGAGCCACACGAAGGACUAGUAUUGCGCUGGAGCGAGGUGUGAUCCAGCUAUGAGAUAUUUGCGACCUCAUUGCCGGUGCUCCUCUCGACCAAAGCAUGGUGGAUUGAGCGUCACCACCUUUCCCUCUCAACAAAUACACUGCUUGAACCCCUUCUCACUGUAUCUAAUCCACCUUCAUGCAGUCAAAUCACUCCUGACUCACCUGCCUUUGGAAACAACCAGCGUUCGCAUCGACUGUGCUGCUCGCCUGCACUCGGCAUUAUUCGGCAUCGCAUUGCCUCCCCCUCUUUAUAUCACCUACUCCUUCGUAAUACACGC